AUGCUGUCACUUCCGACUCCGUCCCUCUAUCAGGCUUCAAAAUGCUUCGCCACGCAUGGAGUCAUGAGCCACUUGGACCCGAACCAGUCUCCGUCCAAGAGCAAACCUUGGUCGACACUUACAAGCCAGGAUUUUGUCAAUAGGGCCGACCUCAUCGUGCCUCAGGAGGCUUACGAUGCCAUCCACGCAAAGCUGGUCGAGGGAAGACGAGCGCCCGAGUUCAAGCGCGUUGUCAUGUCCCUCCACGACAUUCUCACUAGCGAGUUUUUUGUCGAGUACAUCAAGAAAGGAGACAUACUCAUGCUUUCCGAAGGGCAGCGAGGCAUCGACAAUGUAUUCUCGCUCCGGACUGGGAUCUUAACCAUGUUCCUGGACAAGGAAGCAUAUGAGCGAGCUGGCUUGGUUGGGAAGCCUCACGGAGUCAAAGGGAGACGUGGUUUAAAGCCCCGCUGGAUUGUGCAGCUUGACUUGACAAACCCUUCCAUGUCCCGGGGCCAUAAAGGGUUCGACAGGCUUGUUUAUGCAAGCAAGAACGCUCUCAACGCUUCAACCGUGUGGCUAUUCUGCGAUAUGGCCUCUACAACUCCUGACCCAGAUCCCCUGUCUCAACACUUUCCUUCUGGGUAUACGUGCAACCCAAGAGUUAUGCGAGACGUUUCUGUCAUCAUACCCCCUCUCAGCCCCAAGCUUGAUUCCACAAUACUGGGGCCCAGAGAGGACUUCGAGAGCUUCGCUACCGAAAUCUAUGAGUGGCUAUCUCUCGCACGGCUUCAAAGCCCCAGAAUCCAGCUUGGAGACCAGGUCGAUCCAUAUCUAUGUCGAUACCAAGUUCCGGGGCCCGGUGAGCAGGGCUCCAAAAUCUGCAAAAUCAGUUGGCAAGGUUUCCUUUCGCCAUCAUGGGCCCGAGAGAUUCUCGUCGACGUCAUAUCUGCUCUCCCUUCCAAGACGUGGUUCUCCUUUAGCACGACAACCUUUUCGAAGGGCAUGGCUGGGGACAAUUCCGAGUGUACCAUUCUUCGGCCACCGGGGUCGCCAGGGGAGUAUAUUAUGUGGGAGGUCAAGGCUCAUGAAUGA